AUGUACGACUUCGACGUGCCCACUGACUUCGGCCAGGCCACUGUGCGCAUUGGUCUGCCACCGGCCUCCCUACUCAACUUCCCUCCCAACGAGCUCCCAGUGACCAUUCCGGCUCCCCACGUCGAUACCCUCACCUGGAAACAGCCGUUCAACAUCCCCAAUGACCUAUAUAAUCAGCUCCUCGACGUGCGCGUCCCAAUCACUAUCGCUAGCGUCUAUGCGAUCACUGUGGUCUUGAUCAACCGCAUCAACAAGAGCCGCGGAUAUAAGCCCUAUGCCUUCAGCAACACCCGGUUGUUCAAGCUAUUUGUCGUUCUCCACAAUGUCUUCCUGGCCGUAUACUCUGCCUGGACCUUCGCGGGUAUGUUCCAGGCUUUCAGCAGCUCUUUCCCCGAUCGCGACGAUCCCCACGGUCUUGUUGGGGUGGUCGAUUCAUUGUGCAAGAUCAACGGUCCUCGUGGAUACGGCAACGCUGCGACCUACAGCCCCAUCACCAACACCUGGUCCAUCCCCAAUUCCUCCUUCCACCUGACCAAUGGUAUGCCUGAUCCCACGGAUGUGGGCCGUCUCUGGAACCAGGGUCUGGCCUACUUUGGGUGGAUCUUCUACUUGUCCAAGUUCUACGAGGUCGUUGACACUGCUAUUAUUUUGGCCAAGGGUAAGAAGAGCUCCACUCUUCAAACCUACCACCACGCGGGAGCUAUGAUGUGUAUGUGGGCUGGAAUCCGCUACAUGGCUGCUCCUAUUUGGAUCUUCUGCUUGGUGAACUCGGCUAUCCACGCUAUGAUGUACACCUACUAUACCAUCACUGCCCUCCGUAUCCGCGUCCCCAACCCCAUCAAGCGCAGCUUGACCACCAUGCAAAUCACACAGUUCGUUUUUGGAACGAACAUGGCUGCCGCAUACCUCUUCGUGCACUACACUAUCCCCUACCCCUCGGGUAGCGCAGCCCUGCACGACAUUUCUGCCGCCGCAUCUGCCGCCGUCAGCUCCGAGACCGGUGCUCUUCCCUGGCUGAAGAAGCUUGCCUUCCGCGCCGCAGGCGCUGAGGGUAUCGCCGAAAACGUGGGCACCUUCGGCACCGCCCCAGUUCAGCAGUCCGGCUACUCCCAGGAAAUGGUGACCUGCAUGGACACCACGGGCCAAGCCUUCGCCAUCUGGCUUAACGUCUCCUACCUCCUCCCGUUGACUUAUCUCUUUGCGCGAUUCUUCGUGCGCUCCUACCUCAACCGCAAGGAUCCUGGCGUCAAGCAGCCCACCCACAUGGAGGCGGCCGAGAAGGCUGGUAUGGAAGCCCUGAAAAGUCUCAGCCGCGAGAUUCGCAAGGCUGCUAUCGAGGGCGAGAACAGUGAAUUCACCACCGAUGACGAGGUGAUGAAGGCUCGAGUGCAGAAGAUCGCCGAGGCUUCGGCCCCCGCACCGGACUCCCCGGUCCGAACGCGCUCUGCGGCUUCUAAGAAGGCUUCGGCUUCGGCUUCGGCAGGUCGCUCGGAGUCGGAACAGGGAUUUGCCCCUGUUCCCUCUAAGAAGGGUGCUAAGAAGUCCAAGGCCGAGAAAGGUUCGCCUUCUCCCAACACUAAGGGAGAGAAUCCUUUCGGAGUCCUGGACAACAAUGCCUGA